GUCUUAUAAACAAACCUUAGCAAACGGAACGGUGCCGACUUGGGAACAACGAGAAGCGACUCUCAAAAAGGAAAGGCAUGACGAUYUGGUUCACGAAACGGUUGCAGUCGGUAUGAUGUUUGCAUCCAAAGCGGUCGUUCAGCUAAUGGUUAACCCCAUUGUCGGACCUCUCACCCACAGAAUCGGUUAUAGCAUACCAAUGUUCACUGGAUUUAUCAUCAUGUUCAUAUCGACCAUAAUAUUUGCUUUUGGACGGAGUUAUGGGGUACUGUUUUUAGCUAGAGCACUACAAGGGAUCGGAUCGUCUUGUUCGACUGUUUCUGGAAUGGGAAUGCUAGCUGAACGGUACCCAGACGAUAAAGAACGAGGAAACGCAAUGGGUAUUGCAUUGGGUGGAUUAGCUUUGGGCGUAUUAAUCGGUCCACCGUUUGGCGGAAUUAUGUACGAGUUUGUGGGGAAAACUGCUCCAUUUUUGAUACUCUCAGCUUUGGCACUAGGAGAUGGAUUGUUACAACUACUGCUUUUACAACCAGGAGUAGUCACAACUGAUGCCGAUCCUCCUUCCUUAAAAUCUUUAGUCAUGGACCCCUAUAUAAUAAUAGCUGCAGGCGCUAUUACUUUCGCUAAUACCGGAAUCGCAAUGCUUGAGCCUUCUUUACCUAUAUGGAUGAUGGAUACUAUGGGUGCCGGAAGAUGGAAACAAGGAGUAACUUUUUUACCGGCUAGUAUUUCUUAUUUGAUCGGAACAAAUUUGUUUGGACCUCUCGGACACCGUAUGGGAAGAUGGUUAGCUGCAAUGAUUGGAUUAAUCGUUAUUGGGAUUUGUUUGAUGAUAAUACCAACGGCGAGAGACAUAAAUCACUUGAUUGUACCGAACGCUGGUCUUGGUUUUGCUAUUGGUAUGGUGGAUUCGUCAAUGAUGCCCGAGCUUGGCUAUUUGGUUGAUAUACGUCAUACAGCUGUAUAUGGUAGUGUUUAUGCGAUUGGAGACGUGGCGUUUUGUCUGGGCUAUACAAUUGGACCGGCUUUAAGUGGAACUUUGGUGAACACAAUUGGAUUUGAAUGGAUGUUAUUUGGAACGGCCAUGCUGAAUUUCUUGUAUGCACCACUYCUCUACUUCCUGCGCAGCCCACCGACAAAAGAAGAAAAAAAAUCAUUGGUCACUGGAGAAAAAUCAUCGGUGCGUUAUAUUACCUAUCAAAACGAAGCGGAAGAAGAAUAACGUGCAUUAUUAGCUUCGUGAUUUAUAACUAACGCUUGAUAAAUUACGCUUUUUCAUUUUUUUUUCUCCGCAAACAUAAUUUAAUUGAGAUCAAAAUUACUUCAUCAAUACGUCACCAUUAUAAAUAUUAUACAACACAGACCAUACCUCAGUGUUAACAGUUAUAAUACCUUAAAAUAUAAAACACUUUAAAGUUCAAAGAUUUACAUUUCGGUGGUCUAAUUCAAAAAGAUAUUAAUCAUAAAAAGAAAUCACAUAUACCUAGGCAUAUAUAGCUGCUUUAUCUAUAUAAUAUACACAUAAUUAUAUAAUAUAUAUAUAUAUAUAUACCAAUUCGUAAUCGAAAUGGGCCACCGAUAAAACUAGAUCRUAAUCGAUUUUGUUCGUACGUGAACGCAAAAAUAAACCAAAACAAUAAACAAAUCAUAAUAUGCAAAAAUGAACAACCUUAAAUUAUAAUAUUAUUAAUGAUAUUACCUAAAAUAACCGAUACAUGUAUAUUAUCAUAUUAUAUAUACAUUUGAUGACGAAACAUACCUACAGUAAACAAUCGACUUUGCAACUUAUUAAACGUGGUUUAUAAUAUAAAUAACACUAUAUAUAAAUAUUUUCUUAUACCUAUAUAAUAUAUUAUAUUUAAAUUAUAUUAUUUAAUAAUAAUAUUAUUAUGCGUAUGCAUGCAUUUUAUUGCUCAUCAUUUACACCACCAUUGAGCAUCAGAACAUUUUGUUGAUUAAGACUGUUUUAUAAUAAUAAAUAAAUAUAUUAAUCGUGUUUUCUUUAUAUAUAUAAUAAUAAAGU